AUGGAGAUAGUUUUACUGAUAAUGAAAUGUGAUGAUUUUCAGAACCACUGUGAGGAUGUUUGUGAUGAUUUCCUAGACGAAUUUAAUUAUCCACAAGUGGACGAAGACACAGAAGCUGAUGUAGAUCUUCAUUGCACCGGUGGGCACGUGAUGAUGAUCAAAUUCAAUCCUGGAAUGUACAUUAUCGAGCAGAGUGUCUCCAAUUCUUCCUCGAAUGUCACUAAAACGAUCAAAGGAAGUAUAGCAACAUUUACGAAUUUAACACCAGGUAUCAAAUAUCGAUAUCGUUUGUAUAAUUUUACCAAAGAAGGAAUUUCGCGACCGGAAACAUCCGAGUGGUUCACAACUUACGAAGCCGAUUACAGACCGUUGCCUGUGAAAAGUAUAACAUUGUUAAAGCUAGAGGCGGAGAAGAUGGAUAAAUGUAACCUGCGUGCAGAGGUUGCUUUUGAACCUGCAGAAGAUCGUAGUUGCUAUUAUAACGUGUUAUCCUGGGGCGAGGAACACGAUUUGUGGAACUUUAACGUAGCACAGAAGCCUGUGUUUAGGUUCGAGUUAAACGAUUUGAAAUUCAGUCGAACUCACAACGUGACCAUUUCAUCCCUUAACGGCGACACUGAAUCUAGUUCUGCGACUGCUUUCAAAUUUCAUACAUUUAGCUGCCUAGAGUAUUGUAACGAUUUGACGACAUGCGCUCCAGAAAGCGUGAAAGGCUUACGGGCUGAAUGCACUUAUAACGGAGAAUUCUACGAACUUAAGAUUUAUUGGAAUAAAUCGUUGCAAGAACCAGACAGUUACACGAUAGAAAUCGAUUCGCCUGGAGACGAUCAGGUUUAUUCUUUUAGCGUACCUGGUAAUAGAACCGAGGUUUACAUUUCGAAUUUAAAUCUUGGACCUAAAUACAAAGUGAGAAUUAUUGCUGAAUCAUUAGGCGGAAUAAGUUUACCAGUGGCUAUUGAAAAUUUCAUUAGUGAACAAACAACCAUAAAUCGUGAAGUUAUUAUUGGAAUUACCACAUUAUCAAUCACAAUCGUCGUACUAGCUGGGAUGAUUUUCUCGCGAUAUUACAAACAGAGGAAUAAGAAAUUUUUUAUGGAGUGUGGUCGUUUUGAGGAUCACAAUCAGAAGGAUCUGCCUAUAGAAAUCACUAAAAAAUUGCUGUCACAAAAUUACGAUUCCGAGACCAACGAUCCCAUUGCACUGACAUUAACACACGAGUACGAAUUGUGCCCAAAAUUGUUAAAGCUUAAAGGCGUUCUUGGUAGCGGAGCUUAUGGAGUCGUAAGAUUGGGAUCGUUGCAACAUAAAUCUAACAAUAUUACUGAGGUAGCAGUUAAAAUGCUCAAAGACAACCCAGGCAAAGAAGAUUUGCAGAAUUUUCAUAAGGAGAUAUUGAUUAUGAAAUUCGUCGGUCAACAUCCGAACAUAGUAUCGUUAAUAGGUUUUUGUAACAUGUAUAAUAAGCCAGUGUUGGUAAUAGAAUAUUGUUGCAAAGGAGAUUUGCAAACGUAUCUAAGAACGAUAUGGCAAAAUGCAGUAAGCAUUGCAUUUAAUCGUAGAGCACGUUUCAAACUUGACGCAGUUUCGUUCACUGCCAAUGGCAUAGAGUGUAUUUCGAACAAUUCUGGUGGAAAGGAGCGAAAUUAUCAAAAUAUUAAUAUUAUUGCGAACCGUUGUUACGACAUUCAACAAGAUAUAGCACAGUAUACGGAAAUCGUUACAGCAAACGAUUUGCUAAAUUUUGCAAGGCAAAUCACCACAGGAAUGGAAUUUUUAUCAUCGAAACGAAUAGUACAUCGUGACUUGGCUGCACGAAAUAUAUUGGUAUGCGCGGAUAGAAUUGUGAAAAUCUCAGAUUUCGGUCUGAGUCGCGACGUUUACCAAGAAAAUUUAUACAGAAAGAAAGGAGACGGCAAGUUGCCGUUAAAAUGGAUGGCGAUCGAAGCUCUAACACAUCAAAUUUACACAACUUACAGCGACGUAUGGUCCUUUGGUAUUUUGUUAUGGGAAAUUGUAACAAUGGGUGCUCUGCCGUAUCCUGAAAUUUCUAGUAAUGCAGUCUUGAAGCUUUUAAAAUCUGGUUACAGAAUGGAACAACCUUUGAAUUGUAGUAUAGAACUAUAUAACAUCAUGUUUUCAUGCUGGAACGUACGACCACAAAGUAGACCUACGUUCACUCAAUUGAAGGAGGGUUUGGACAAGUUACUUUCUUACCAUUCCGGCAAUAAGUAUUUGAACAUCGACGAAAUCCUAUACGAGGCUCAAGAACAGUAUCGUAUAUCCGAAAAAUAA